AUGGCUAAUAUAUUUGAUGAGUAUUUUAUUGAAAGAAAACCAUUAGAAGCUAUUUCUCAAGUUGUUGAUUCAAUAGGAAAUGAUGAUAUUAAAAUUUACAAUAAUAUACAAAUAAAAAAUGAAGUUUGUGAAUUAAAUAAUUUAAAAAAUGAGAUUGAUCAUGAUAAUUCUAAACAAUCAUGUUCUGGAUGUAAUAAAAAAAUUUUGGACAAAAAUCUUCUUGCUAUUUCAUCAACUGAACCAUCAUUAGAUAAUACAGUUGAAGUAACAUAUUUUCAUGAGUCUUGUCUUCGUUGUUGGACAUGUUGUAUAAAAUUAGAUCCAAGUUACUCAUGUUUUUGUAGAAAUAAUAAAGUUUAUUGUAAAAAUCAUUAUUUUAAAGAAUUUUCUCCAUAUAAAUGUAAUGGAUGUGGAGAUGGUCUUUCAAAGACUGAUGUUGUAUUUAAGGUACAAUACAAUGGAGAUUCUUAUUUUUCUGAAUUGAAGAAAAAUUACUCUAAAGGUACAUUAAAAAAAGAUGAAAUUCAAACGAAUAUAGUAUUAUUUUAUCAUCCAAAAUGUCAUAAAUGUUUUUAUUGUUCCAAAUCAUUAGCAGAAGGAGAUAAAUUUGGAUUUAAUGUAAACUUUGAAAGUCAAAAUACAAAAACAAAUAGUAUUAUAAAUAUUGUUUGUGAAGAACAUAUAUCUUGCGAAGGAAAUAAUAAUAAUAUUAAAUUUGAAAUUGUAGAUGAUACUUCAAAAAAAAAUUUAAAAAAAGGUUCAUCUAAAGAAUCUAUUGUUAAAUAUACAGGAAAAUCUAACUCAACAACAAAAAAAAUGUCAUCACAUUCUGUUAUUUCUUCUCUUCCACCUAUUCUUCAGUAUCCUUUUGAAAUGUAUACUUAUGGUGAAAUGUGUUCUGAUGAUUCAAAUAAUUUAUUAAAAAGAAGAGGUCCAAGAACAACAAUUAAACAAAGUCAACUUGAUGUUCUUAAUAAAAUUUUUUUAACAACACCCAAACCUUCUAAACAUGCAAGAGCUAAACUUUCAUUAGAAACUGGUUUGAGUAUGAGAGUAAUUCAAGUAUGGUUUCAAAAUAGAAGGAGUAAAGAAAGGCGUCUUAAGCAUCUAUGUAAUUUCCUAAGACAUUAUGAUAGAAAUACUGUAGGAACACCUAAUCAAAUAAAUAUCAAUACUACUGUAGAAUCAAUGGAUGAUUCAGAAAUAAUAGGAACAGAUGACUCAUAUAAUAAUGUUUUCAUGGAUAUGAAUUCAUUAAGUCCAAGCAGUAAUACUUCAGGAAAUAUGUUAAACAUAGAUAUUAAUUCUUUUUGUGAAGAUAUGGUAUACGACUUUGAAAGUUGUAGAAACACAGAAUUCAUAUCAGAAGAAGAUGAAUAUGAAAAUUGUUAG